AUGGCCGUCGAACAAAAAAAUGGCAAAUCAAGUCACUCAAAUGGUGAUCGCAUCAUUUUGACAACAUACCCGGGCCAGAGCGUCGUCGAUCCCAUUCCCUUAGACUGGGGCAACGGAAACCCCGAAGAGCGAGGUCCCGUUCUAGUCUCGCGUGAAACAAAGACAAUCACUCGACGAAAUGCCAUAGGCGCACAUGGUGGGAGUUACUCCGUCUACAACGCACUAGCAAUCGCCGCCGGUGAUCUUCCCCGGAAUUUCAAGCCAAGUUUUGAAAACACCCAACCCAUCUUCAACUUCCCAGCCCAGCCGGCAUGGGGAGACAAGACCAAAAUUGUCUCAAUGGAUCCAUUUGGUCACGACAUUGUGCGGCAUUAUAAGAAGCACCUCGAUGCAGGACUCGAUGUCCGUCCUACAAUCGCGGUCACGAAGGCUACGAUGCGCUUGGCUGAGAUUACGGAUUCCAUCAGAGAAGGUCGCCUCGAAGUUGAUGGAGAUAUUGUCAUCAGUAAAGAAGGUGAUGUGCGCGUCACGAAAGCUGCUGUUGAGCCUGUUUGGUAUCUGCCGGGAGUCGCUGAGAGAUUCGGUAUUGACGAGGGUGACCUUCGCCGAACACUCUUCGAACAGUGUGGUGGAAGUUUCCCGGAACUGAUUACUCGACCGGAUAUCAAAGUCUUUCUCCCUCCUAUUGGUGGCCUGACGGUGUAUAUUUUCGGAUCCCCCGACAAGGUGUCCAAUCCGGAUGUCAAGCUCGCUCUCCGUAUUCAUGAUGAAUGUAAUGGGUCGGAUGUCUUCCAGUCUGAUAUUUGCACCUGCAGACCUUAUUUGGCCUUUGGUAUUGAAGAGGCUAUUAAAGAGGCGCAGAAUGGUGGAUCAGGAGUUGUGAUCUACUUCCGAAAAGAGGGGAGGGCGCUUGGUGAAGUCGUCAAAUAUCUUGUCUAUAAUGCCCGCAAGCGUGGUGGCGAUACUGCGGAUAAAUACUUCACUCGAACGGAGAAUAUUGCAGGUGUCAGAGACAUGCGCUUCCAGGCUCUCAUGCCAGAUAUUCUUCAGUGGUUGGGGAUCAAGAAGAUUGAUCGCAUGCUAUCUAUGUCUAACAUGAAACAUGAUGCCAUUGUGGAGCAGGGUAUCCCUAUUUUGGAACGAAUUCCUAUCCCAGACCACAUGAUUCCUUCAGACUCCCGCGUUGAAAUUGAUGCUAAGAUCAACGCUGGGUACUUUACAGUUGGCAAGAAAUAUACAGAUGAGGAAUUGUCACAAGUGAAGGGCCGUGGAUGGCAGAACUGGGAAGACGUGGCGCACUAG